GUCGGCGCUGAUGCCUCCUGCGGUGGCCCGGCAGGGAAGAUGGCGCCGUCCCACGUCCUCAAGUGUUGCCAGAAGGUGUUGGCUUGGGUGCCCGUGGCCUUCAUCGCCCUGGUCGUGGCCUGGUCCUACUACGCCUACGUGGUGGAGCUGUGUGUGUUUACUAUUUCUUCAACUGCAGAAAAAGUUGUCUACCUUGUGGUUUUUCAUCUGUCAUUUGUCAUGUUUGUAUGGUCCUAUUGGAAGACAAUUUUCACAUAUCCUGCAUCCCCCUCUAAUGAGUUCUGCUUGUCAAAAGCUGAUAAAGAACAAUAUGAAAAAGAAGAGAGACCAGAAUCCCAGCAAGAGAUUUUGAGAAGAGCUGCUAAAGACUUGCCUAUCUAUACGACAACAGCAUCCAGAGCAAUCAGAUACUGUGAUCGAUGCCAGCUAAUCAAACCUGACCGUUGCCACCACUGUUCUGCAUGUGACAUAUGUGUACUAAAAAUGGACCACCACUGUCCGUGGGUGAAUAAUUGUGUGGGAUUUUCUAACUACAAAUUCUUCCUCCUGUUUUUAAUGUAUUCCUUACUGUACUGUCUGUUUGUUGCUGCUACAGUCUUGCAGUACUUCAUAAAGUUUUGGACACUUUGCCGCAGGAAAGCUGCAGAGAAUUGUCCAAAGAAUGAAUUGCCAGAUACUCAUGCAAAAUUCCACGUACUAUUCCUUUUCUUUGUGGCAGCCAUGUUCUUCAUCAGCAUACUGUCACUCUUCAGCUACCACUGCUGGCUAGUUGGCAAAAACAGAUCAACCAUAGAAACAUUCCGCGCACCCACAUUUCGAAAUGGCCCUGAUAAAAAUGGCUUUUCUCUUGGAUGCAGCAAAAAUCUGAGGGAGGUUUUUGGAGAUGAAAAGAAGUAUUGGCUACUCCCUAUCUUUACCAGUUUGGGUGAUGGUUGUAAUUUUCCAACUCGUUUGGUUAUUAUGGAUCCAGAGCAACUUACUGUCUCAAGCCAAAAUGAACCUGCCAAAAGCUCUGGAUCCAAUCAGUCCUUUCCUACUCGACCACUCAGUGAAUCACAAAAUCGAUUACUAGCCAGUGACAGUCAGUGGGUGGAAAGUGGCCCUGAAGAGGAAAAUGUUAAAUCAGGUAGUGCAAAAAAGCAUAUUACAGUUUCGUUGGAAAGCUGAUCUCAGCUUACUAGCUAACCAUCUCAGUGAGAAACAGAACAAGAACACUUUGAGAACCUGUGAACACGAUUUGGUUACUGUUGGAUGUUCUUGAGACAGAGACAGAAAGUCCAAACUUGCAUGUUUUAUAAAUGUUGCAGAAUGUUUCUUCAAACUUCAUACAAGAAAUUCUGUAUUUGCUAAUUUCAUAACUUACAAAACCAUUUGCUAUAUAUUAAGCUGAAAGGUUUAGCUUUUUCUUCUUAAAUGUCAAGUGAGAAGUGCUCAUCUGAAUAUAAGCUCUCAGCAGUACUGCACCAGACAAAGUUCUUGGGGAAGACAACAGAGACAGAAGACUGCAAGUUCAAAUGGCUUGUUCUGAAUACCAGAAUUUACAGCCCUAAACACUGGUGUAAUGGAGGGCCCAGGGUAUCACCUUGCUUUUACUGCAGCAGAUUACAGCUGAGAUAACACAUACAUGCACAGACAUCAUCUAGUAGAACUGUAUGCAAAAUCUGUUUCUCUAAUGUGGUAAGUAUCACUGAUUCAGCAGUAUGGUCUCUGCUCCCCUCCCACCCCCCAACGUUUGAUACACCCCCAUAUGAAUGUAUAUAUACUGUAGGCUAACAUCAGUAUAACUUCUUUGAUUUCUUAAGUUAGGAUAGUUAACCUUCAAGAAAAACUGCAAGUAAACAGAAUGGGCUAAUUCCACGUGUGUUCUCUAGCAAGUGCUGGUCUUCUGAAACCAGUUCUUUGUAUAUCUGAUGGACUUUUUUAUGGCUUUUCAUAAAGAGCUGAUGUUUCUGACAUCUUUAUGCAGAUCACAGGUACAUUUUGGCCCAGAUUUUUCUCACAUUUCAGAUGAGAAAAGAACAGUGUGCUUAGGAUACUCUGGAGGCUGUAGUUCCUGUUGGUGUAAAAGCAGGCAUUAGUGAAGUCACUUUGGCAAAUAUGAAAUGUAGUAAAGUGAUUCAAAUAUGAUUCUUCCAAAUUCACCACCCCCAAUGUGCCCCCCCCCCCUUUUUUUAUUUUUUUUUUUUUACCCCUGGGGAACUGGUUACUUAAGAGAAA